GGAUGUGGGUAUAAAACGCUCUAAAAAGCGGACCAGCUGUAUAACUUCCUUCUUCAAGUGAGAGUGCAACAUCAACCACGUAACGCUUGAGGAACAAUGGAUGACUAUUACUAUGAAGACAUUAACUUCACCGACUAUGUAUUCAACUACACUGAGAUUCCAGACUUUUCAAUUCCCACAAUUCAACCGAUCCAGAUAGCGGCUCUGGUAUUCUACGGCCUGGUGGUGCUGCUGGGUGUCCCAGGAAAUGCGCUGGUGGUGUGGGUGACGGGGUUCUGCAUGCCCCGCUCUGUCACCUCGCUCUGGUUUCUGAACCUGGCCCUGGCUGAUCUCCUGUGCUGCCUCUCCAUCCCCCUCCUCAUGGUCCCUCUGGUUCAUGAUGACCACUGGCACUUUGGCCAGCUGGCCUGCACGCUCGUCAAAGGCCUCUUCUAUCUGGUGAUGUACUGCAGCAUCCUGCAGCUGGUUCUGAUCAGCAUGGAUCGCUUGAUGCUGGUCAACAGGCCCGUCUGGUGUCAGAACCACAGGCGACCUCGCAUGGCUGCCUUUGGAUGCGCCGCUGUGUGGAUCCUGGCUCUGAUCGGCAGCGUCCCCCAGUUUGUUUACGCUACGGAGAUCCACGCAGGCCUAGACAAGCGAGAGUGUGUGAUGGCCUACACUACACAGAGCGUCUGGCCUGUCACUUCCUUUCGCUUCCUCAUGGGAUUCAUCUUCCCUUUCCUGGUGAUCUUGGUGUGCCAUGUGGUGGUGUACAGGAGAGCAGAGAGAGGGCUGACUCGGGGUCGCACCCGGUCCAAGCGCACACUGAGGGUCAUCAUCGCUGUGGUGCUCAGCUUCUUCCUGUGCUGGCUCCCUCUGCACAUCGUGGACUUCGUCAUACUGGUCACCCCUCGGCAUUCCCCUCACAGGCCCAAACUUUACCUGACACACAUCAUAGCGCUGUGCCUGGCCUAUUUCAACAGCUGCCUCAACCCCCUGCUGUAUGUGUGUCUGGGCAAGGGCUUCAAGGACAGCAUGAACCGCUCCCUGUGCAACAUCCUGCACUUCAUCAGCGAGGACCCGAUGACCAAGAUGACCGUCACCAACACCGACACCAAAAGUACCAGCAAUGGGAAGGAGAUGACUAAAGUCUGACUGUCAUUAGAUGCGUCAUUUUCAAAUUUAUGGAUGAGAUUUAGCAGGAAAGACUGUGAUUCAGGAGUAAUUGCAUUGGGCUGGGAUUUCACCAUAAAACACAUGUUUGGACUUUAUGAUGUGACACAGAUAUUGGCCAAAUUAAAGUCUGUAUUAGGCUGGACACACCAGCACUGCUGUUAUAUGAGCUAUUUAUGAACUCCAGGGCUACCGCAGGAUUGCAAGUCAGGAACUGUUGCUCAGUGUUUCUGUGAAUAUUCAUGUCUCAUGCAACACUCAACACUUCUCUUUUUCCAUGAUCUCAGAGUGUUUGUAAGUAUUUUUGCUGUUACACAAGAGAAAAAGUCUUACUUUUGGUGGGUUUUGAAUCAAGAUUAUUAUUAUUAUUAUUACAUGUUAUUAGUUACUGUUAUCAGACUAUUUAGUUCUUGUAAUAAACACAUAUUUAAUGACCUCAUGUAACAGUCAUUCCGCCAAAGGGACACCAGAAAAACACACAGUAAUAUCCUCUUCUGUAUCAGUUCUUUCUAUACACCACAAGAGGGAGACACACUUUAAAACUCUGAUGCUCAGUGGCUCUAAAGAUGGUGGGCGACUUGGCUGAGGCUCUUUGUUUCAUAGAAUGUAAAAUAGAAAGGCAGAAGAUACAGCCAAGAGAAGACAUUUCAUCCAUGUAGGUUUGUCAAAUACAUGCAAUUUGGGAAAAUAUGCCACUUAACAUGCCUAGAAAAUGUAAACUCAUCGUCAUUUAUUGACACCCACCUAAUGAAUUUGUGUUAAUGCGUUAUGCUAUAUUAGUUAGUGUACCAGGAGAGCUAAUGUAAGAGUAAGACACACAAUUAAAAUGUGACAUGCUGCCAAAA